CUCAUUGACUACUCUCGCAGAUUGGUAGCAGUAGCCAGAGAUUCUCAGUCUUUUUCCAAGUUCCCUGUACGCUCCUGUCUCAGUGUAGCUGUACAACGCAUACCGGACGUGGACAUCUGCCCUUUUACAGUCCGAUUGUUUUGUAUUCAUCCAUCCUUGGAUUACACUCCUGUGCCAGCAGCAGCCACUGACCUAUGAAGUGCAGGACAGGUGCCUAGCUCGUACCCGGGAGCCUUAGUGCAAUAGUCACCCUGCCCGACUAGCCCGUUUGUUAUCAUUUGCAGUAGUGUGUAUAGGCAGCACAGGGAACUUAGACGCCGGGGGUCGGACAGCAGCCGCAUUACAAUCUCCAUAGUUACAGUACAGAGGAGAGAAUGGCCGGCCUCAACUCCCUGGAAGCAGUGAAGAGGAAGAUCCACUCUCUGCAGCAGCAGGCCGACGAUGCGGAGGACAGAGCGCAGGGAUUGCAGAGGGAGCUGGACACGGAACGGGAGAUGCGUGAGAAAGCUGAAGGAGAAGUCGCUGCAUUAAACCGCCGAAUCCAGCUAGUAGAAGAGGAGUUGGAUAGAGCUCAGGAACGUCUUGCUACAGCUUUACAGAAACUGGAAGAAGCAGAAAAAGCAGCUGAUGAGAGUGAAAGAGGUAUGAAGGUGAUAGAAAAUAGGGCCAUGAAAGAUGAAGAGAAAAUGGAAAUUCAGGAGAUGCAACUCAAAGAAGCCAAACACAUUGCAGAGGAAGCAGAUCGCAAAUACGAGGAGGUUGCACGUAAACUGGUCAUUCUUGAGGGAGAGCUGGAGAGAGCAGAGGAGCGCGCAGAAGUGUCUGAACUUAAAUGUGGUGAUCUGGAAGAAGAAUUGAAAAAUGUAACUAACAACUUAAAGUCCCUAGAGGCUCAAUCUGAAAAGUACUCUGAAAAAGAAGAUAAAUAUGAAGAAGAAAUAAAAAUCUUGACAGACAAACUGAAAGAGGCAGAAACUCGGGCUGAGUUUGCAGAAAGAACAGUUGCCAAACUAGAGAAAACUAUUGAUGACCUUGAAGACAAGCUGGCAAAUGCCAAAGAAGAGAACCUGGGCAUGCAUCAAGUUCUGGAUCAAACACUACUAGAACUCAACAAUUUAUAAUCCAAAGUGAAGAAAUCUUUGCACACUUUAUUCUUUCCUUUUUAAAGUCUUACAAUCUCGCCUAUUAUCUCAACAUUCCAAGGGAAAACGGCAAUGAAUGCGACCAAAUAUUUUAUUUUUUAAAGGAAACUUUCACAAUUAUGAGCUUAAAAUCUCAUGUUAUGUUGGUGCAUUUUUAAUAUUUCUUUUUAUACUAAGGUCCCAUGUACAUUUAAUGCUAGAAUAGUCACAUGUUGUUCCGUAUUUGUCUUUCUUAUGUUAUUCUGUUACAGGACCACAAAGUGUUGGUAUAAAAUACAGAAGUUGUUAUAGGAAUUUUUAAAUAUCCUCAAUAAAAAUAAAUAAAUAUGGAAACACUUAAU